GGCAUUAUUUACCGGAACACAUAUCCUGACAGCUGAUUUUAGUUGCGAAGACGUGUACUUUCUGAACGUAUUUAGUCGUCUUGCUAGUUUUCCGCCUUUUUCUUUAGAAAUCUGUUUUCCUCCCGUGUUGUGUGGGGACACUUGUCAGACUUUAAUGGCGACGGUGGAGGAGCUGAAGCUGCGGGUGAGGGAGUUAGAGAAUGAAUUGAUAAAGUGUAAGCAGAAGCAGUGUGCGGCGGAGGAUGCUCAGAGCCAGGAACUUUACAGACCCAAGAUUGACAAGAUGAGCGCCGAAGUCGUGGAUUCAAACCCAUACAGUCGGCUGAUGGCGUUGAAGAGAAUGGGUGUCGUGGAUGAUUAUGAGAAAAUCCGGACAUUUACAGUUGCUGUGGUUGGUGUUGGUGGAGUCGGCAGCGUGACUGCUGAAAUGCUCACGAGAUGUGGCAUUGGUAAGUUGCUCCUCUUUGACUACGAUAAAGUAGAGCUGGCCAACAUGAACAGACUGUUUUUCCAGCCUCAUCAAGCAGGCCUCAGUAAGGUGGAAGCUGCAGAACACACACUCAGGAGCAUCAACCCAGAUGUGUCAUUUGAGACCCACAACUACAACAUCACCACAGUGGAAAAUUUUACACAUUUCAUGGACCGUAUCAGUCAUGGAGGGCUGGAAGAAGGGAAGCCAGUGGAUUUAGUCCUGAGCUGUGUUGACAAUUUUGAGGCAAGAAUGGCCAUUAACACAGCCUGCAAUGAACUUGGUCAGAUUUGGAUGGAGUCUGGUGUGAGUGAGAACGCAGUUUCAGGACACAUCCAGCUCAUCAUUCCUGGAGAGACGGCAUGUUUUGCUUGUGCUCCUCCUCUGGUGGUGGCAGCAAACAUUGAUGAGAAGACCCUGAAAAGAGAGGGCGUGUGUGCCGCCAGCUUACCAACAACGAUGGGUGUGGUCGCAGGCAUCCUGGUGCAAAACGUGCUCAAGUACUUGUUGAAGUUCGGGACUGUCAGCUAUUAUCUUGGCUAUAACGCCAUGCAGGACUUCUUUCCAAGCAUGGCCAUGAAAGCAAACCCUCAGUGUAAUGACCGCCACUGCAGGAGACAGCAGGAAGAAUAUAAGAUAAAAGAAGCAGAGCGGCCAAAAGUUGAAGUUGUACAAGAAGAGGAAGCAGUCAUACAUGAGGACAAUGAGUGGGGUAUUGAAAUAGUAUCAGAGGUGACGGACGCAGAGUUACAGGCUGCAUCAGGCACUGUGCCAGAUCUCCCAGAAGGCAUUACUGUGGCUUACACCAUUCCAGCUGAGAAUGCAGCAAGUGGCGACACAGUGGAAGAAACCGAACAGAGCUUGGAGGAGUUGAUGGCUCAGAUGAGAAAGUUGUAAGCGGCUGCCUGCUCAGUUUUAGACAUGCUGUUUCUCAUGUCUGUUCCAUUUCUUUCUUUAACAAGCACCCCCGUGAAAAAAGUCAGAAAUUUUUUAACAGCUAAAGCCUGGAAAUGCAUGACAAAUGCUGCUAAAACAUUGCAGAAGAAUCAAAUGUAUCAUUUGUUGAUGUACAGGGAAUUUGUUAGCACUUGGAACUGGUUCAGUCUCCAAUCAAAUGUCUUAAACCUAGAAUUAUAUCACUGUUAGUGCAUUAACAUGUAUCACAAUGUGUAUUUUCUAUGGUUUAAUCAGUUAAUGCGUGUUAACUCCAAUGUAUGGUUUGUCAUUCCAUCAGCUUUAUGUAAAAAUCUGCUGCAACAGUACAAAAGAACAAUGUUUACAUUGU